AAGAUGGUGGUCCACGAAGGGUUGUUGUUUCAAAAGUGAAGUUCCAAAAUCCCCCUAAAGUCCACCCACCAAAGCUCGCAAAUUAAAAUGCUGUCAACAAUCGACUGAACAAUAAUGCGAGUGAAGUUCGUGCGAACAUUGUUGGUGCUAGCUCUCCUCGGUAACAUAAUAAUAUGGCACAAAAUAUGGUGGCUAUUUACGUCCCAACACUUGUCGAGACCGGCAACCUCGUCAGCCCCAUCAAGUCACGACACUCCGCAACGACUUCACCGUCGAUUAGCGCGUCUUGUUACAAUAGUAGUGAGACAAUUCGAGACAUUCGAGAAUGACGUUGCGGCGACGGUUGAAUCCGUCCUCAAUUCCUUUCCUGCCAUGCCCAUUCUCAUUGUUUGUAAUGAGCUGCCUUACCCGCCACUCGAAAUCAACUUUUCAAAUGAUACAUUCAAGAACGUACGGCUGAUUAAUCUUCAGCCUGAGUUUAACAAGUCGUUUGAUGAGAGAAAUCCACUCUACUAUGUUCGCACGAAAUUCGUACUCUUUCUCCCGGAUUCAGCGAGGAUAUCCAGUAAACAAGUGGUACAGGAAGCUGUCACUAAGACCUCUCGCACUGGUGCAGUAGCGAUACCAGUGGGUAAGAAUCAGCUCGCAUGUCUCGAACUGACUCUGAAAAUAAGGGAAUGGAGCUUGCGGUUAUCGAAAGUACCUGGACAACUGUGUGACGCUGUCAUGGGGAGACACGCCACCAUGAUUGACGUUAAUGCGCUCAAGAAACUAUCGGAUCCAUUCAUGUUGCCGUUCACGGAGAGUUUUUAUAUACAGACGAGUGUCACUGGUCUGAAGAUUCAGCUGAUGCACCACCAGUUGAACGAGGGAAAGCCCCUCUUCCGGAGUCAGCAGUCCCAGUGGAAGCUGCAACAGCUCCACCAGCGACGGGAGAGGUCAAUGUUCGAGAGAUUCGGCAUAAAAAAAGUGACGAGAACCAGCGGUUCAGUGGACUGGUACGGAUGCUCGAGGGAGACUCAGCGUUGCUUUGGCUCAAUUGUGAAUGGAGUGCCCUCGUACCUCUACCAGAAUCGUUACACCCCGCCCUGCUGUCUGGCGGGACUGAGGAAAGUCGCUCACCACGUGUUCGAUAAUCUGGAGAAGGCGGGGAUCAGGUACUGGUUAGAGGGGAGUUCCCUUCUGGGGGCGAUGCGGAACGGGGACAUUCUCCCCUGGGACUACCAGGUGGAGGUAGGGGUUAAUCGGGAUGACCUCAGUCGAUGCCCCUGGCUGGUCAAAGCGAGGAACAAACCCAUCGCUGAUAACUACGGGUUCGUCUGGGAGAAAGCUACUGAGGGGGAGUUCUUCAAAGUCCAGUACUCGAAGUCGAAUAGACUGCACGUCAAUCUGCUGCCGUUUUAUGUCAAGAAUGGCACGAUGGUUAGGGACUCGUGGUUUCUGAAGAACAGGGACUUUCCGGACCAGUUCCUCCAUCCAAUGUCCAAUAUUGAGUUCGCGGGGAGGCUGGUGUCUAGUCCGAAUAACAUCAGAGAUUUUCUGGAGAUCAAGUAUUAUAAAGGGGUUGUAGAGAAUCCGGAAUUACCUGGGAAGAUAUUUAAUUGAUUUUGUUCAUUUUCGACGGGUUGAUUGUUGAAUUAUCUUGGUGACGCGAGAUUUCAGGAGAAUAGUGGAGAAUUUUUCUUGAGAAAAAGGUAAAGGAAAGGUCUCUUGGUAUUGGGAAUGUCUCAAUUUAAAUGCUUUAGGGAUAAAUAAACAAUCAACAAGAACGUCGAAAUCUACUCUAAUUACGUUUUAUAAUUUUUCCGCUGAAAUUAAUGAUUUAUUUACACUUUUUUAAUCGCGAUGAACGGUGCGAGAAUUCACUCUUACAAAAACAUUGAAACUUCACAGGAAAUUCAUUGGAAUUUCCAACUCUUCAGUGUCAAGAAGACGAGGAUUGUUCAAUUUUCUCGAAUUUUCAAUUAAAUCAUUCAAACAAAACCAUUAUUUGAAAUUCGAAGAGUAUUUAAACAGAAUUUUCCUGAUUUUUAUCAAUUUUCAUUGAUAUUACAGUUUUCAUUUGUUAUUUUCAAUUACAAAUUGCGAAUUUUUGAUGGAGAAAUUCCUUGAAAUUUCCAUGGAACUUUCUCCCGAUUAGAAUUUUCACGAAGUUUACCAACAGUUUUCGCCGAAAUUUUUUAACAGCCCAAUUGUUUGUUUUCAAAUGAUUGGCGAAUUCUAAAAAAUUUCAAUAUUUUUUUCCAAAAUAUUAAAGUGAGAGAUGUUCUUAUGGAGGCCAAUCGUUAUGGAAUAUUUUUGUACAUUAACUAGAAUCAAUUACGAUCAACAAAUGGUUUCAACCUGUGAAUCAUCAACGCACAGGUGUUCCCAAGUAUCAAUUACCAAUAAUUCAACUGCUCGUUUAUCUCCGUAAUUGUUGCCCCUCAAUUUUCAAUAAUACCAGCGAAAACCAAUUUUUCGAUGUAUAGUGCCAACGUUAUCUCAACUUACCAGCGAACAAAUUAUGAAUUUUUCUAUCGGACGUCUAGGUAUUACGCAAUAAGAAAAUCUAUAUUGUAUACUCAUCAAAAUCGAUUUUAAUUUGUCACUGAGUGGAACUGUAUAGAUACGUCAGGGUCUAGGAAUAUUUUCUCUCGAUAAAGUAUGUAAAUUUUAUUCAAUAAUAAAAAUUCAUG